CGCUUAGUUGUUACGCGGUCAUCUUUCGAGGACGCGUGGCCUCGCAUCGACCAAGAAAGUUUUGGGAGAAAACGGCCCCAUUCACGAUUCACGGUUGAUGAUAAGGCCACGCCUCUUUUAACUUUUUCUUUUAUUUACUUUUCAAAUGUAAUGACUUUGACAUCCACCGUUAAUAGGAAUAUAGAAUCGUUUCCUCUUUCCUGUUCUGUUCUUGGUGGAAGUCAACUUGUUACCAACCUACCGUCACCCAUGAUGUCUCGAGGGAGGGUUCGAGUUUUAUAUAGGCCGGAGGGUUUAGGGUUUAACCUAUUUCUCAACCAACAGUCAACACCAUUACCAGCGGCAACACAACACCAGCGGCGACAACCACCACGAUCACUAGAAACCCUAAAGAGGUCAACAUGGUUUCCUCUGGUACUGAAAUCCUGGAUAAUUUAUCCCCCGCAGCUUCCAACGCUUCAUCUGAAACCAUUAACUUCGAAAAUCAAGCUCCAGAACAGGUCUCAGAACUCUCUAUCAACAACGAAACCCUGGAAGGUCAAAAUCCAGAAGUUUCGCAUGUCCCCAGAAGCGAAGGAGAAGGCGAAGAGGAAGAAGAAGAAGGUGAAGAGGAUGAGGGAGAAUGUGGGUUCUGCCUGUUCAUGAAGGGAGGUGAAUGUAAAGAAAGCUUCAUUGCCUGGGAAAAAUGCGUCGAAGAUGCAGAGAAAAGCAAAGAAGAUGUUGUCGAGAAGUGCUUCGAGGUGACGGGAUUGCUUAAAAAGUGUAUGGACGCCCACGCCGACUACUAUGAACCAAUACUUCAGGCGGAGAAGGCCAUGGAGGAAGAGGCGGCCAAGGAAUUGGAGCGAGAAUCAGAUCGAGAAACCGCACCGAAGGAGGAUAAACAGGAAAGCUAGAGGUUUUUUUUUUUUUAAUUCACGUUUUAUUCCCAAAUGUUGGAUAUUCAUAAUGAUAACGUCUUGAGCAAGCUAGAGUGAAGAAAUUUAGGGGGAGUUUCGGCGGUGUCAGAUUAUCGGAUCUUUAGUGAGGUAACCAAAACUACAGAGAUUCCGAGCCUUUCAAGGUUUCACUUAAUUUCCCCCUCCUGUUGUUUUUCUCAAAUAAAUGAAUGCUAAUUUUUAGUGUUUAAAAUUUUCACUUAAUCCAUUGUUUAUGCCGAGAGGCAAGGAGAUUUUUCUUAUGAUCUCUGUCCAAGUUAAGGACAUAUAAUUCAAUGCUACAUACACGUUAUACA